AUGAAAGGAGAAGAGUUGAGUGAAAGCAUCGUUGGUGAGGUAGACGUCGCUGAGGUCCAGGACAGGAGGAAGGCAGAGGAGCAGGGGAUAGGAGCAGGGGACAGGAGCAGGGGACAGGAGCAGGGGACAGGAGCAGGGGACAGGAGCAGGGGACAGGAGCAGGGGACAGGAGCAGGGGACAGGAGCAGGGGACAGGAGCAGGGGACAGGAGCAGGGGACAGGAGCAGGGGACAGGAGCAGGGGACAGGAGCAGGGGACAGGAGCAGGGGACAGGAGCAGGGGACAGGAGCAGGGGACAGGAGCAGGGGACAGGAGCAGGGGACAGGAGCAGGGGACAGGAGCAGGGAACAGGAGCAGGGGACAGGAGCAGGGGACAGGAGCAGGGGACAGGAGCAGGGGACAGGAGCAGGGGACAGGAGCAGGGGACAGGAGCAGGGGACAGGAGCAGGGGACAGGAGCAGGGGACAGGAGCAGGGGACAGGAGCAGGGGACAGGAGCAGGGGACAGGAGCAGGGGACAGGAGCAGGGGAUAGGAGCAGGGGACAGGAGCAGGGGACAGGAGCAGGGGACAGGAGCAGGGGACAGGAGCAGGGGACAGGAGCAGGGGACAGGAGCACGGGACAGGAGCACGGGACAGGAGCAGGGGACAGGAGCAGGGGACAGGAGCAGGGGACAGGAGCAGGGGACAGGAGCAGGGGACAGGAGCAGGGGACAGGAGCAGGGGACAGGAGCAGGGGACAGGAGCAGGGGACAGGAGCAGGGGACAGGAGCAGGGGACAGGAGCAGGGGACAGGAGCAGGGGACAGGAGCAGGGGACAGGAGCAGGGGACAGGAGCAGGGGACAGGAGCAGGGGACAGGAGCAGGGGACAGGAGCAGGGGACAGGAGCAGGGGACAGGAGCAGGGGACAGGAGCAGGGGACAGGAGCAGGGGACAGGAGCAGGGGACAGGAGCAGGGGACAGGAGCAGGGGACAGGAGCAGGGGACAGGAGCAGGGGAUAGGAGCAGGGGAUAG